AUGGACGAAAUCGAUAGUAUUGGGUCUGCUCGUGUGGAAAACGGUGACAGUGAGGUGCAACGGACUAUGCUUGAGCUUCUAAACCAACUUGACGGAUUCGAAGCGUCUAACAAAAUCAAGGUUUUGAUGGCGACGAACCGUAUUGAUAUUCUGGAUGAAGCUCUUCUCAGGCCUGGAAGGAUUGAUAGGAAGAUCGAAUUCCCUAAUCCUAAUGAAGAUUCACGUUUUGAUAUCUUGAAGAUACACUCGAGGAAAAUGAAUCUGAUGCGUGGAGUUGAUCUGAAAAAGAUUGCAGAGAAGAUGAAUGGUGCUUCGGGUGCUGAGCUCAAGGGUGUGUGCACUGAGGCGGGCAUGUUCGCACUGCGUGAGAGGAGAGUACAUGCGACACAGGAAGACUUUGAGCUGGCGGUGGCCAAGGUUAUGAAGAAAGACUCAGAGAAGAACAUGUCUUUGCGGAAGCUCUGGAAGUAG